UUACCUUUUCAUAUAUCAAAGAAGGAACCGUAACAGUCUUCUUCACCGUAAAUGGCAUUUCGUAGGGUUUUACUCUCUCACCUCCGCCGAUCUCGUCACACUUACUCCUCUCUCUCUCCUCACCAUGUCCCCGCUCCGGCACAUCCGUCAAUCCCUCUCGGUCUUCUCCAAACCCGAUUCUUUUCCACUCCCUCGGACAUGGACUCUGAGCUGACUCGACUCAGAGACGUUUCAAUCGAUGGAUUUGGAAGCAAUGGUCAUGGGUUAGAGUUGGGCGAUUUAAGCCAAGAUUUGAUCGGAGCUGGUGUGUCAAACUAUGAUUACUUGACUCGACCUGCGAUCUCGUUGCUUGAUUCUUACCAUGACCUUACUGGAUUGCCUUGGUGGGUAGUGAUUGCUUCGUCUACUGUGGCUUUCAGAACGGCUUUGCUUCCUGGUUCAGGAAGGAGUGUUAUUGAUCAGUUUAAGCUUUUCCGGAAGGAAAGAAAAGCUAUCGGGUGCCCUUCGUUUUUGUGGGUUCCUGCUUAUUUAUCUAUCCAGGUGAUACUUCAUAUCUUCUUGAGGAACUAUAAGUAA